AUGUAUCCAUCGCUGCCUUCGCCCGCUCCAUCAGAUGUUUCAACAACUUCCUAUCACUCUCUACCGCAUCCCCGCUCGUCGGGCCCGCUGAAGGCCGGGUCUCGUUCCGAGUCAAAUCUAAUAGCAUAUCUCGAUGUUCAACUUCUUGAAGUUUCGAGGAAAUAUGCCAAGAAAUUCCAUGAGGGUGGCUAUUUUGAUAUAAAAACAAUCGCUGAAGAUCUUGAGAGCAACUCUUCAAAUACAUUAUAUGCUUCAGAUGGCGAACUCCUUCAACGAUUAUCUUGCCUCGUUUCCCCCCGACUUGAAAGUCACGCUCCGUCUAUUGGACACAUUUGA